AUGCUCACCAUUAUUACUUCAAUCAAACUUCCCCUUCUCUUGCUGCUCAUAAUCUUACAAACCCACCUCAAAUUCUCAAAUGGGUUUUCAGAUUUGAGCUUAAAUUCCUCAAAAAGUGGUGAAAUUGAUGUAAUGCUGAAAAGGGUUUGUGAUGAAAAGAUGGGAAAUUGCUCUAAUGAUGUUUUAAUGGAGGAAGAAUUUCAGGUUGAUUCAGAAAUAAAUAGAAGAAUUUUAGGUAUGCAGAGGAAAUAUAUAAGUUAUGAGACAUUGAAAAGAGAUGUUGUGCCUUGUUCAACUCCUGGAUCUUCUUAUUACAGUUGUGGAGCCACUCCUGCUAAUAGGUAUAGAAGAGGAUGUAGUGUUAUUACUAAAUGUGCUAGAAUGUAUUGA